AAAAAUGAUUUCCAAAAAUCAAAUCGACCAAGUGUAUGAGUUUCUAAAAAGCAUUAAUGAUGGGACUCUAGAGAGCUAUCGUAAGUCUCUUCCUGAAGUGUGGAUUCUAAACUAAGUCAUUGAUGUUGCAUCCUUAACUCCACAACAACGGAUUGUCUGUCUAUACUUUGCAGGUGAUGAAGCUCAAUGUACUAAUGCUUUAGAAAAAAGACUUGUUUUGAAUAAGGAAUAGGUUUCGCUAUAUAACUUAAUUUAGAGUGCGGGUAAUGUAAUUUGAGAUAACUUGUUGAUGAAUGGAGUACCUAAACCUAAUAAAAUUCACAUCAACCCUAAAUAAUGAGAGCAAUCAUUCAGUGUUCAUCAUUAAAAAAUGCUCUUGAACACAUUUUCACCACUUUUUCGAUAGAUUUUCUACGACCAGUGCCAACUACAAUUAAUUCUUCAUUUAAUUGGAUUACCCUUUAGAUCACAGAUCCAUUAUGGGAUUAUACAAUUGAAGUGAGCUAAGAGCCACUAGUAAGAAUCAAGGAGAAUCUCUUGAAAGCUUAAUAAUCUAGAUUGUCUUAGAAGGAAGCUUAAGAAACAAUUGAUCUUCUCAAUCAAGAUUAGAGGCAUGUAUUAGAUAGUGGAAUUACACCAAAUCAACUUCCUAAUCUUAUUGAAUACAAUCCAGAUUUAUCAAGCUUUCUAUUAGCACGCAUCAAUCAAUGUGGAAUAAGCAUUCAUGAAUAUUUUGAAUGUUUGAUUUAAAUGAAGAUUUCACUUCAAAGUUUAGAAGUUGUCAAUAAACUCUCCAAUUCCAUUAAAUUACCAGAAGCUUUUCUUCAUAUGUAUUUGACCAAAUGCAUACAAUAUUGCGAAGAAUUGCAAGUAUUAAAAUAUUCUAAAUAAUUAGCCUAAGUAAUAGAUGGUGUCAAGAUAUGUGAGAUUAGUGGCUGUCUUCAUUAAAACACUUAUCAAAUCAAAAACCUUAGAUCCAAAAAGAAUGUUCACUGAAAUACAAGGAUUCUGCAUAGAGUUCUCUAAGAUACCUGAAGCUUCACAGCUAUUCAAACAACUUAAAGAGACAGGAGCAGAAGAAAAAUAGCAUCAGUGA